AUGUAUGCCAUUGAUGGAUAUAGUUUGUUUAGAAAUGACUGUGACUCUAAUAACACUACAAGACCGUUUGGAGGUACAGCAGUAUACAGCAGAAUCCAAUUAAUUCCUGGCUCUCCUUAUUGUUUAAAUAGGAAUGGUGUUGAGCUGACUAUCAUUAAAUGCAUGUAUCUACCUCAUCUCACCAUUAUUGGUGUGUAUCGAUCCCCAAAAGUGCCAGUAACACAAUUGUGUAUUGCAUUAAGACAGGUACUUUUACAUACAACUACACAGUACAAUAUUUUCCUUGGAGAUUUUAAUGUAAACUGGUUAAAUCAAACUGAUAGAGUUCCAUUAUAUAAUCUAUUUAUUACAGAAAAUAACUACAGACAGUUAGUAUCUUUGUAUACCACUGACAGCAAAACAGCUAUAGACCACAUUUAUACUAACCUGCCAGAAUCUCAGGCAAAGUUACACUUGUUAGAAACUUAUUUUUCAGACCACAAAACAAUAUGUGCGUUAAUAAACUAUGUCAAUACAGAAACAUAACUUCAAUUCAAACUUUUCUUGCCUGUUAUACAGAUAAGGACACAACCACACCUAGAUGUAAUACAAUCCAUACUAAAAGAUGACUACAUAAUCAUAAUAAUCACUACAAAGAUUCAGUAAUUUCUAUAACUCCUUCAUCCCUGUACCCUCCCUCUCCCCUAACAGUAAUCAUCAGGUAAAUAUCCACUAUAUUUCAGUAAUUAUAUACUCAAAGGAUUGGUUUAGCUUAUAUUGUGUCCUUUAUUUUUUAUAGGCAAUAAUCCUUUAUUUAUUAAUAGUCUUCUCUUUUUUUCAGUCAUGGAUGAUUUCUCAAAGCAAACAGCUACUCACAGCACUGGUGCUCCUUCUUCAAGUCAAGAAUUUGUGGGAUACAUACAUAAUGUUUCUGCUGUGUAUAACGAAAAGUUUUUUCAAUGCCAGUUGCAAGGGAGGGAUGAAUCAGUUACCCGAGCCGUGUGCUUCUCACCAAGUAAGCGCAAGAUUUUUGCAGACUUUCAGGACAAGAAGAGCCCCAUAAAAAUUAAAAGGUUCAAAGUAGACACCAAUGCAAACACCAGUGAUCUGUUGAUGGGACAUGAUGUCAUAGUCGAACACUAUCCAGAACUGGACUUCCAAAGAUCACAAAUACAAUCUUCAACCACCCUUUUGUCAGUCAAAUCUGUUCGAGUUGGCCAGCAUAUAACUGUAAAGGCCAAACUAACCAACAUGUCCAAACAGCAAAAAGCAGGAGAUUUAACUCUUGUGAACUGUAUUCUGCUUGACCCUACAGCUUCAAUGAAAAUGGUAUUGUGGGAGAAUUUUAUUAACCAAGUGGAAAACAACCGAACAUAUAUCUUCCACAAUGUAACUGUACGAAAAGGACAAAUACAAUGA